AUGGCGCCCCCAGCUGCAGUACAGGACGACUCGCACCAGAGACUGCUCGACGAGCUCGACAUCGCGCGCCUCCCAAAGCCCUUCCGCAACCCCAACUGGAAGCCAUCCGCACGCCGCAACAAGAACGUCAAGCAGAUCCUGUCCGAGACGUCGCGGAGGGAGGCCUCUGCAGUUGCCAGCCAGACGAACAGCGGCAGCUCUACCCCCUUUGCCAUGAGCACCAACUCGGCUGUCGGGACUGGCGUGGGAUCAGCAGAGGGAGCGCAGACGCCCAUGGUAGCUUCGACAGCCGCUGCCCACGCACACCAGCAGCAAGGCAGCAUCAAGCAGCCCAAUAUUGCCCAGGCCGCGCAGAGCCUGUCGACUCUGGUGCUGGAGAAGAACUUCCGAGCCGGUGCCCCCUCGGGGCCAGCCGUGACAUACACCAACAUCGACGCCGCUCCGUCCCUGCACGGCCAUCAGAAACGAUACUGCGACAUUACGGGCCUCCCGGCUCCCUACACCGACCCGAAGACGCGACUACGGUACCAUAACAAGGAGGUCUUUGGCGUGAUUAGGUCGUUGGGCCCGGGAGUCGCGGAGAACUACCUCGAAGCCCGAGGAGCUCACACCGUCCUCAAAUAA